AUGGAUGGUAUCCGUACUGAGCUUCAGGUCUAUGCUUACUUAGACCCCGAGAAUCCGGCACACAUCAUCGUUUCCAACAAUGAAGGUUUCGACUCUGUAUCCGUUGUCAAAUUCCUUCGGGCAGCCUGGGUGGAAGGAAUGGGAAGGACUGACUUGCACAUCAAGAAGCUCAUGCUUGCGCCACUCCCCGUUGAGUCCUCGAUGUACGCCGUCACCCUCCUAAGGCAUAACCUUGUUGCGAAACCAUACCUUCACCAAGUUGAACGUCAAGAUGCGUAUACUGGCCGUCAGGUCUUCGCCCAUAAGAUGAACGCCAUGCACACCGCGAAUUUCAAAGAGAUUCUGCAGGAUAUGCGAACAUCGCUUUCCAUGGUGAACUACUUCAAUGGCAACCUGAGGAUGAGAUUCCACUUCGGGACCUUGAUUCUAGACAGAUUCAUGUCCCCUAAAACCAAUGAAACUGCAGUCAACCUGUUCGACUUCGCGGACAUGAUUGGACAUGACCAGUGUCGAGGACGAGUAGUGCCUGGACAGAAGAUCAGCAUGGAGACCUUGUUGAACAGAUUUCGCGACGCGGAUGACCUCCUUGAGCCCAUCGGCCAGACGCGGCCUCUCAGUGAGCUGGAGCUCAUGGAGCCAACCCACUCGGCCACUAUCGAGUUUCUAGGAAGUCCCGGCUCUGAUUUCCGUCUGGAGCUUUACCUCAAACGGAUUGCGCGUGCUGGUGAAGUUGAAAUCAAGGGUCAUCGCUGGUUCAAAGCGCGUCAUGGCGAAGAUAAGACCCUGAGGAUGCCACUGCAGCUCGCCAUGGUGGACUUUGGAAGGGCUGACUGGCAAUGCGACAUUGAGUUCUUCGAGGUCGCCGCGGAGAGACUUCUGAGCAAAUCCCAGCGCGAGCUCGCGUCCAGUAUCCGUUUCACUAGCAAUGGUGACAACCAUCACUUCGUCUCCCAUGCCGCCAUGAACAUUUGGAUCCCUAGAGACACACCCGACGCCCACAUUGUGAAAAAGUCCGCAAUUCGGUUCAAGGUCAAGAGAACUAACUUGGUACUGGAGCUCGCUCGAUUCGAUAUCUAUAGACGGACCAAAUUCAUCAAGUCAUACGCAAGUGCCUCACUCUACGACCCGAAUUGGGAUUCGCUCUUGGGAGGAGAGAUUGGAGUUGGCGGUGCCCAGAUUCAACCGCACGGAGCGGGUCUGGAGGCUUUCUUCCCGUCAAGCCUAGACAGUAAUGCAGUGGAAGGGGCUGGCUUGAUAGAGGUCCUCUAUGUUGUCCAGAAAAUUGCGGAGCUGCUGGGUGGCUCUGCAAUUGGCUUGAAUCAGCCGCCCAAGGAUGAGAAUGUGGCUGCUUGGAUGGACGUGGAGCUUGGGACACUGUUUUGA